UUUUAUGAUAUAUGGUUGUAAGAAUAAUUUAUUUAAAUGAAAGAUUUGGGUUAUUAAACUAAUUACUCAUCAUCCGUCACCUAGUAUCUAAUCUAAUCGAAGUACCGUCGCCGGACCCCGCCGGUCACGUUUGUCAGUUUUCACCUCCUUCUGCUGACCAAGCCUUCUUGACUCUCUCCCCCCACACGCUUCUUAUAUCUCCCCCCCCGAUAUCCCCGCCGCUCUCAAACAACUCUUUCACCCCUUCUCCGCCCCCAUUUCAUUCCAUCAUCAAGAAAUUACUAGCCAUGGGGUUACCUGAGGGAGGAGUGCAAAUAACAACCGCUGUUGAUAUCAAUCUCAAUCCUAAAUCGCCAGAGUUUUUUGAUUGUGAAAUAAACAAGAAGGUAUCAAGCGGCGAUGAUUGCGGAGAACAGGAAACAGAACAAGUUGAUUCGGAUGAUUCUUCUGUGAAUGAUUCUAGUAACAGUGAUGGUGGUUCCGAUGAGAUUGAACAGAGAGAGAUCCAUGUAGAUAACGAAGAAAAGUCAGGCGACGCCGAGGGUCUACGAAAAAACAGAAAUGACGAUGAUGCCGAACCGACUGAGGUAUUUCAUCCAAAUCCACAGCUUCCGAGACCUGAAGCACCACCAGGCGUCGUUGCCCUUGACACAGAGGAGGCGGAAAAAAUACAAUCGUCUCCGUUAAUCAAACGAUCAAACUCAUCGCCGGAAAGUGCCGCCGCUGCCGUACAGAUACCAGCGUUUGGUAAAUUCUUCCGAGAGAAGAGCAAUAGCUUAUCGGCGGCGAUCACGAAACGAUUAUCGUUAUUAACAGAUGACAACGACGACGCUUCGGAAAAGAAGAAGGUUUCAAACAUUACGGAGUUUCAUUUAUCGGGACUCAAAGUGACAGUAAAGCUCAAAAAUGAAAAAGAAGAAAAAGAACAGUUCAAAGGACGCAUCACUUUCUUUUCGCGAUCAAAUUGCAGAGACUCGACGGCAGUUCGAUCAUUUCUCAGGGAUCGGAAAUUACGCUACGUGGAGAUCAACAUAGACGUGUAUCCAACCAGAGAGAAGGAGUUAUUCGAACGAACCAGAAGCACCGCUGUACCUCAGAUCUUUUUCAACGAGAAGCUCUUCGGCGGACUUGUGGCGUUGAAUUCUCUAAGAAAUUGCGGAUUGCUGGAUGAGAGGAUGAAGGAAUUGCUUUGCCGGAAGUGCCCAGACGACGCGCCCGCGCCGCCGGUGUACGGGUUUGAUGACCCGGAGGAGGAAAAUCCCGACGAGAUGGUAGCAACCGUUAGAGUAUUGCGUCAAAAGUUGCCGAUUCAAGAUCGUUUGAUGAAGAUGAAGAUCGUGAAGAACUGUUUCUCUUCGUCGGAGAUGGUGGAGGCUUUAAUUCACCAGUUUGACUGCGGGAGGAAGAAGGCCGUGGAGAUUGGGAAGCAACUAGCAAGAAGACACUUUCUCCAUCACGUGUUCGGGGAAAACGAAUUUGAAGAUGGAAACCAUUUUUAUAGAUUUCUUGAACACGAGCCAUUCAUUCCACGAUGCUAUAAUUUCAGGGGUUCCACAAAUGACCUGGAGCCAAAAUCUGCUACAACAAUUAGCCUAAAACUUGCCAAGAUAAUGUCAGCAAUACUUGAAUCCUAUGCCUCUGAAGAUGGUUACCAUCUUGAUUAUUUGGGUAUUAGCAACAGCGAGGAAUUCCGGAGAUUUGUAAACUUGAUGCAAGAACUUCAAAGGGUGGAUAUAUCGACACUUUCGGUUUCUGAGAGGCUUGCUUUCUUUCUUAACCUACACAAUGCGAUGGUGAUCCAUGCGGUUAUCAGUAUCGGGCAUCCUGGGGCUUCUGUAAUCGAUAGGAAAUCCUUCAAUUCGGAUUUUGUUUAUGUGAUUGGUGGCUCUCCAUAUUCGCUUACAACAAUUAUAAAUGGUGUUCUUAGAAAUAACCGAAGACCACCUUACACGUUUACAAAACCUUUUGGUUCUGGCGACAAGCGUUUAGAGUUGGCAUUCCCACAAGUGAAUCCGUUGAUUCAUUUCGGUAUCUGUAACGGGUCGAAAUCAAGCCCGCCCGUGAGAUUCUUCACCCCACAAGGGGUAGAAUCGGAAUUAAGAUUUGCCGCACGUGAGUUUCUACAGAAGGAUGGAAUCCACGUGGAUCUGGCCAAGAGAACAGUGCACCUCACUCGUAUCUUCAAGUGGUUUAGUGUUGAUUUUGGGCAAGAAAAGGAGAUGUUGAAAUGGCUAAACGGGUACUUGGAUGCAACCAAGGCGGGGCUGUUGUCGCAUCUUUCAGGUGACGGUGGUGCUGUGCAUGUUGCUUACCAAGACUACGAUUGGUCUAUCAAUUGCUAAUUGGACUCCACUCCCUCCCACAUUCAGUAAAUAGAAACCAUAAAAUUGAGUUUCGUUAAACAAGAUUUUUUUUUUCUACAGUUGGGUUUGGCAGUUUAUAUAAUAGAAUUUAGACGAAUGAUAUGUCUUUGUGAAGAAGAUACGUAUUUGUUAUUGGAUUUUAUGGCAUGCGUUAAAGUGUACUUUUUCCUAUUAUUAUGAAAGAACCCAUUUCAAAAGAAUUGGAAUGGAGUGGUCCUGUUUAAGAUUGUA